AUGCUUGCAAAUCAAGCAAGCACAGAGGAGCGCUUCCUCCUGCUGGGUUUCUCCGACUGGCCCUCCCUGCAGCCGGUCCUCUUCGCCUUUGUCCUCCUUUGCUACCUCCUGACCUUGACCAGCAACGCGGCGCUGGUGCUGCUGGUGGUGCGCGACCCGCGCCUGCACACGCCCAUGUACUACUUCCUUUGCCAUCUGGCCCUGGUGGACGCGGGCUUCACCUCGAGUGUGGUGCCGCCGCUGCUGGCCAACCUGCGCGGACCGGCGCUCUGGCUCGCGCGCAGCCACUGCACGGCCCUGCUGUGCGCAUCGCUGGCGCUGGGUUCCGCCGAGUGCGUCCUCUUGGCUGUGAUGGCGCUGGACCGCGCGGCCGCAGUGUGCCUCCCGCUGCGCUACGCUGGCCUGGCCUCCCCCGGCCUCUGCCGCGCUCUGGCCGGCGCCUCCUGGCUAGGCGGCCUCGCCAACUCCGUCGCGCAAACUGCGCUCCUGACUCAGCGGCCCCUGUGCGCGCCCCGCCUGCUGGACCACUUCAUCUGCGAGCUGCCGGCGCUGCUCAAGCUGGCCUGCGGCGGCGACGGAGACGCUACCGAGAGCCAGAUGUUCGCCGCCCGCGUGGUCAUCCUGCUGCUGCCGUCAGCCGUCAUCCUGGCCUCCUACGGUGCCGUGGCCCGAGCUGUCUGUCGCAUGAGGUCCAGCGGAAGCCGGAGGAGGGCGGUGGGCACAUGUGGGUCCCACCUGACAGCCGUCUGCCUGUUCUACGGCUCGGCUGUCUACACUUACCUGCAGCCGGCGCAGCGCUACGACCAGGCGCGGGGCAAGUUCGUAUCUCUCUUCUACACCGUGGUCACACCCGCCCUCAACCCGCUCAUAUACACUCUCAGGAAUAAGGAAGUGAAGGGGGCGGCGAGGAGGCUGCUGGGAGGCCUGGGGAGAGGCCAAGCUGAACAGUGAGUGGGUUGGGGAGGAGAGAAAGUAUUAAGCCAGAACCCAAGGAUGAAAAUACCUAAUCGUGAGUCGGUUUAGUCUUCAGUCUGUUCAUUUCUGUAUGAUAAUCUCCAAGAUUUGUCUUACAGAGUCCAAUGGGAAAAAUACUUUCCUCCCAUGAGGAAAUGUUUAGAUUCUUGAGAGAACAUCCCUACAUCCUCUAUAUAUACAGGUUUAGGGAGGGAAAACCUUAUGACUCCACACGCAGGUAAGAUGAUGGACAUGACGCUCGCCUUUAACUUCCUCCUUAUCUGAUGGAAGACCAUAGGAGACCUCUUGGUCUCUGCCAUCAGAAGUCUCAAGUUCACAAGAAAAUCAUAAUCCCUAUCCUCCAGGAGAGGGUACAUCCAGAAAAAGUGGCCAUGGACUCUCUUCUAGGAAAUCAGACCAACCUA